AUGGCCGCCCCGGGGAUCGCAGAGGUGGAAGAUCAAGAGAUCAGGGAGGCACAGCGGGAGUAUCUGGACUUCCUGGACGAUGAGGAAGAUCAGGGGAUUUACCAGAGCAAAGUCCGAGACAUGAUCAGCGAUAACCAGUGUCGUCUCCUCGUCAAUAUUAACGAUCUCCGCCGGAAGAAUGAGAAGAGAGCCAGUCAGUUAAUGAAUCAGGCCUUUGAGGGGCUGAUUGCCUUCCAGCGGGCUCUGAAAGAUUUUGUUGCUUCUAUCGAUGCGACGUACGCCAAGCAGUAUGAAGAUUUCUACAUCGGUCUAGAAGGCAGCUUUGGUUCAAAACAUGUUACCCCACGCACCCUCACCUCACGGUUUCUGGGCUCUGUUGUCUGUGUGGAGGGUAUUGUUACCAAGUGUUCUUUGGUACGCCCUAAAGUGGUCCGCAGUGUUCACUACUGUCCGGCCACAAAGAAGACCAUCGAACGCAAGUAUACAGAUAUGACCAGCCUGGACGCCUUUCCCUCCAGCUCUGUAUAUCCCACUAAGGAUGAGGAUAACAAUCCGCUGGAGACAGAAUUUGGGCUUUCCCUGUACAAAGAUCAUCAAACCAUCACCAUCCAGGAAAUGCCAGAAAAGGCCCCCGCUGGUCAGUUGCCUCGAUCAGUGGACAUCAUUUUAGAUGAUGACCUUGUCGAUAAGGUGAAACCCGGGGACCGCGUGCAGAUUAUUGGAACCUAUCGCUGUCUGCCUUCCAAACAAAAUGGCUACACGUCCGGCUCUUUCAGGACAAUUUUGAUAGCUUGCAAUGUGGUUCAGAUGAGCAAGGAAGUGUCACCAGUCUUUUCAGCAGAUGACUUGGCUAAAAUCAAGAAAUUCAGUAAAACUCACUCUAAGGAUGUGUUUGAGCAGCUGUCCAGGUCUCUUGCUCCGAGCAUACACGGGCACCACUACAUUAAAAAGGCUAUCCUCUGCAUGCUGCUUGGUGGUGUGGAGAAGGUGCUAGAUAACGGGACUCGUAUCAGAGGAGAUAUCAACGUUCUGCUAAUAGGUGAUCCCUCUGUAGCCAAGUCUCAGCUUUUACGAUAUGUGCUUUCUACGGCUCCCCGUGCCAUCCCAACCACAGGCCGAGGCUCCUCCGGGGUGGGUUUGACUGCUGCUGUUACAACUGAUCAAGAAACUGGGGAGAGAAGACUGGAGGCUGGUGCCAUGGUGCUGGGUGACCGCGGUGUGGUCUGCAUCGACGAGUUUGAUAAAAUGUCCGACAUGGACCGCACAGCCAUCCAUGAGGUCAUGGAACAGGGUCGUGUCACCAUCGCCAAAGCUGGCAUUCAUGCCAGACUGAACGCCCGCUGCAGUGUGUUGGCUGCAGCCAAUCCAGUCUAUGGAAGGUAUGACCAGUACAAGACUCCUAUGGAUAACAUUGGCCUCCAAGACUCCCUGUUGUCACGUUUCGAUCUGCUUUUCAUCAUGCUGGAUCAGAUGGACCCAGAACAGGACCGGGAGAUCUCUGAUCAUGUGCUGCGUAUGCACCGCUACAGAGCUGCCGGAGAACAAGAUGGAGAUGCUAUGCCGCUGGGCAGCUCUGUUGAUAUUUUGGCCACUGAAGACCCCAAUGUUAGCCAUGAAGAGCAGCAAGAACUGCAAGUGUACGAGAAACACGACAGCCUUCUGCAUGGAGUCAAGAAAAGAAGAGAGAAGACUGUUAGCAUGGAGUUUAUGCGGAAAUACAUCCAUGUGGCAAAACUGUUCAAACCCGUGCUCACAGCAGAGGCUGCCAAUUACAUAGCUGAAGAGUAUUCCCGUCUAAGAAACCAGGAUCAGAUGAGCACUGAUGUGGCCCGGACAUCUCCUGUAACUGCUCGUAGUCUGGAAACUCUGAUCCGUCUGUCCACAGCUCAUGCCAAAGUGAGAAUGAGUAAGAACGUACAGCUGCAGGAUGCAGAGGCUGCUGUGGAGCUCGUCCAAUACGCCUAUUUUAAAAAGGUUCUGGAGAAGGAGAAGAAGCGGAAGAAGAGAGAUGAGGGUUCUGAUACUGAAGAGGAAGAGGUGCAGACCGAAAGGAAGACCAGAAAGAAAAGAAAAGCCAGCACUGCUGAGGGAGACGCACAUGAUCCCUAUGACUUCAGUGACACAGAGGAGGAGACCCCCGAUGUUUAUUUUCCUACUAUAGUUCAGUCCCAUGCACCAGAGACCCCGGCAGAGAAGGAAAAAGAGACUGGGCUGUCUGGAGACAGGCUGAAGACUUUCAAGGCCGCCCUUCUGGAUGCCUUUAAAUCUGCCCACGCUCAAUCCAUCGCUAUGCCAGCCCUCUUGGAUGCCAUUAACAAGAACAAUGAUUCACCUUUCUCACAGGGUGAGGUGAAAGCUGCUUUGGAGCUUAUGGAGGAAGCAAACCAUAUCAUGGUUUCAGAAAACAUUGUAUUCUUGAUCUAA